AGGUGCGAGGAAUCGAAAUUACUAUUGUAGUGCUGGUCUUAAUGGUCUGGGUCGGCGCUAUAAUAAUGUUUUUCAACCGCUGGGGUAAAAUUAGGAUGCUUAUACCAUAUCAACCAGACUAUAAAGACACACAACUCAAAGUACCCGGAACAGGUGCAUGUAAUACAACCAACUCGUGCCAAAACCCAACAGGACCAAGUUUUUGUUGUUCGCAGAGGCACCUGAUGCGCUGCGGCCUGGCCGAUCCGUUGGACUGGCGCGUCCGGAACCUGUUGCGGUCCCGGUCACGUGUCAACUCGGCCAUCUACAUUAGCCCCGUCUACCAGGACGCCCACGUCCGAAACGGCAUUUCGGUGAGGCCGAUACGGAAGGCCCAGAGCGCGGACUUCCUGCCCAAGUACGACUACAGCGGCUGGGCCAACUACCAGCAGUUCUCGCUGCCGCUGUCCUCUGGCCGAGGUGGCGUUUGUGGCGGUGGCGUCUGUGCCAGCAGCGUCUGCACCGGCGGCGUCUGCGCCAACGCCGCCUGCGCGGGCAGUGGCGCCUGUGCCGGAGGUGUCGAGAGUACCGUCCACCAGCGGCACAUCAAACAAUUCCAACUGCCCACCGUUUCCAUAUCCAUCGCGUCCGACUCGGAUAAGGCGCUCAACGAACUGCUCAUCUAAAAAUAUAUGCACUGUACCACGGUACGUCCGGCACCUCAUCGGGCCGCACUCAUCGUAAUGCGUUCCGGAUUUCCCUAAAUCUACGUUUUUACAUCAUGUACAAUAAUAUUACGUUAUGAAAUUAUAUAAUGUUAUUAUUUUGUUUCUUUCGUUUGGAUGCUAUACUGGUUAGGUACAAGACAUUUAACUAAAGCUCCAUUCACACGAUAAUAGUCAUAUGUUGUAGCAAGCAAUUUUUAAAUAUACCUAAUGCACUAAUA